GUAAUAUAAUUUGUGUUCAUUACCAAACAGGCCUGCAGGUUCUCCUGAAGCUUUGCGGAUUUCUGUCGAGAACUUUGGUCUCCAGUUGCAGAUCAGAUGAAGGCAAUGGAAGCAGAAGCCACGCUCUCGAAGAUCCCUCCGUGAGUUCCUUGUCAGAACUAAUUGUCCUUUUAAUACAUUUCCGAUGUUUAGUUUCCUCUUCAAAAGAGUCCCAAUCGGGAGAACUGUGAGAGAUUCAACCGUCCAACUUGGUUUUCUGCAAAGCCCUUCAUCUUUCAAGUACAUCUCCUCAAAACCCUUAAGAGAUGAGAUCCCUUUCGUUGUCUCUUACCUCAUGAGCUCAUGUGGGCUCUCACCCGCAGCUGCCAUCUCUGCAUCCAAGAAGGUAGAUUUUCAAUCCUCUGAUAGACCAGAUUCAGUUCUUACCCUUUUCAGAAACCAUGGAUUCACGGAACAGCAAAUUUCCACUCUCGUUAGAAAGUGCCCAUCAUUGCUCGUGUCUAGUCCUUCAAAGACCCUCCUGCCUAAACUUGAGUUCUUCCAUUCGUUGGGCCUUUCGUGCCCUAACAUUGCCAAAAUCCUCUCCGACGAUCCAUGGGUUUUGUUCUGUAGCUUAGAAAACAAAAUCACCCCUGCUUUUAAUUUCUUCAAAAGUUUAGUUGGGAGUCUUGGGACUGUGGAGAAUGUUGUUAUUGGUCUAAAGCGUCAAGCUCGUCUCAUCAAUUGUGAUAUACAGAAUGUGGCUCGAAAUAUUGCAAUCUUGAGAGAAAUUGGAGUGCCUGAAUCUAUUAUCGUGAGUUUACUGACUUACUAUCCCAGCACAAUGACACCUAAAAAUGAUCGGUUCAAACAGAUAGUUGAGGAGAUUAAGCAAAUGGGUUUCGACCUUUCAAAAUACACGUUUAUGAGUGCUCUCAAUGCCCUUACCUCGAUGAACCAAUCAACAUGGGAGCAGAAAUUGGAGGCUUAUCGAAGGUGGGGUUUUUCUGAUUGUGAGAUUCUCUCGGCAUUUAGGAGGUAUCCUUGGUUUAUGAAACUGUCUGAGAAGAAGAUAAGGGGACAGAUGGACUUCUUGCUGAACAAAAUGGGUUGGGAAUUGGCAGAUAUUAAGAGGAACCCACAAAUUCUCGGGUUUAGCUUGGACAAGAGAGUUAUCCCUAGGUGUUCUGUUCUUCGAGUUCUGCAAUUGAAAGGUCUAGUGGAGAGAGAUCAUAGUAUAGGAAGUGUGUUGAUAAAGAGUGAUAAGUCCUUCAUGGAGAAGUUUGUGACCAAGUACGAGAAGGAAGUUCCUCAACUGUUGGAUGUAUACAAAGGGAAGAUUGGUCUGCCAGAACUAGGAUAUGGAUCUGAUGAAGUCAGUAGAAGGAAGUUCCUCAACUGUUGGAUGUAUACAAAGGGAAGAUUGGUCUGCCAGAACUAGGAUAUGAAUCUAAGGAAGUCAGUGGGAGGAAACUAUUGUGAAAAUAUUGAAAUUGAAAACUGAUCUUAAUGUUUCCUUGUUUGUAUUUUUUUCUCUAUUACAGUUCAUUCUCACUGAACCUGAUUUAUUUAGGUAUGACAACAAAGUAACCUUGCUGCUUUUGAAACCAA